AAAAAUUGCCAUCGAAAAAGUUGCAGCCUCGGAGCGGAUCGCCCGCAGCUUGAUGGAAGUGGAAAGCAGCUCGGUAUCGCGAAGAAUAUCGUUUCCAAUCUGCGCUAAUUAUCGCCACUAGAGUAGUGCGAUUGGUGGUAAUCUUUCGUAAUUCGGUCGCAGUGAGUAGCCUUCGGUGUCGCGCUUGUGGAAACCGUCACAUUUUCGGGCGGAAACCCCCACUGUUUUCGAGUGCUGAUUGUGGCGCUUUUGGGUGUUUCUUUUACGCCGUGAUUACGCUCCGUUGGAUCCCAUAAGGAAUCGAUCCCAAGGUGUGCUGGCCCUAGUGCAGAGGUACUGUUGUUGGUAAACGACUCUUUCGAAGGUUUCGUUGUCCUCUUUGGUUUCAACACCUGAGCAGGUAGAUAGAGGAGGAAUGUAAAAAUUAGUUGCAGCUACCUGUGUCAGUCGAAAGAAAACGGAGCGGAAUCGAACGAGUGUGGUUGUGUAAGGAGAGUGUGAUCGCGUUUUUUUUUUGUGUGCUGGAUUCGAAUAAAGGCAAACAACAACAGCAGCAGAUGCUGCUGAUGCUGAUAAUUGCAAAAGACAUAAGAAAUCCGUCGUAACUCGUAACCCGCCUCGGUGUGCUGCAGAUCGAGAGCGAUCGCGUUUGCUCAAAUAAAGAGACUUCCCAUCCGCAAAGUUUCCGAGCAAGCAACUUCUGAAGUUAUUUUUUCAAAUGUUACACAGUGUGAUUAGAAGCGAAAGGAAAUUUAGCAAUAGUUGAUGAGUGUUGUGCGCGAUUGUAAAGAAAUAAGUUUAUCGAAACGGAAUCUGUGUUUUUGUUGUUGUUUAAGGUGUAAGAGUGCGUAAAAGCCCGAAGCGAAAGUGAGGGGAGGGCUAUGGAAUGUCUCGGAUUGACGAAUCGUUAUUGAUGAAGAAAUAAAAUACUCGCCCUGCAAAUAAAGUGACAACAGAAGUCAUUCCGGAUAGUCGAUUUAGGAGACCAACAGUCACAGCAAAAUGGGUCUGCUGUUCGCCAAAAUAUGGAGUCUCUUUGGGAAUGAAGAACACAAACUAGUGAUGGUCGGCCUGGAUAACGCCGGCAAAACCACCAUCCUGUACCAGUUUCUGAUGAAUGAAGUCGUUCACACGAGCCCGACGAUCGGAUCCAACGUGGAAGAGAUCGUGUGGAAAAACAUUCACUUUCUGGUGUGGGACCUGGGCGGCCAGCAGAGUUUACGGGCCGCGUGGAGCACGUAUUACACAAACACAGAGUUUAUCAUAAUGGUAAUAGAUUCGACAGACCGCGAGCGGUUAGCGGUGACGCGGGAGGAACUGUACAAAAUGUUGCAGCAUGAAGACUUAACCAAGGCUAGUUUGUUAGUGUAUGCCAAUAAGCAGGAUUUAAAAGAAUCGAUGAGUGCAGCUGAAAUUUCCAAACAGUUAGACUUGACCUCAAUCAAAAAGCACCAGUGGCACAUACAGUCCUGUUGUGCGCUCACAGGUGAAGGACUUUACCAGGGCUUAGAAUGGAUAGCUCAGAGGAUCAAAAAGAAAUGACACCUGCCAGAGUAAAUGUAAGGGUAAGUCGUCUAACGUUUCCGUUUCACCAUUUAACGUAGCAGUGUGCCAGACAGGAUCCCCUAUGACACAGCCCGGGUGCGAACAACAAGUGAGAGUUUUAGUUUAAUUCCAAUCAAAUUUAGUUCUUAAAAGUAUGUAUACCUAACGAUGGAAAAGCGAAGCAAAAAAAUGUAUAACAAAUUACAGUAACAAAAUCCCAUAAAUCACCGAUUUCCAGUUCAUCAGUUGACGGGAUAAUAGAAUAAAUUUUUCAAAAAUCUGAAAAAUUCGCGAUUCCGCCGAGAUGUGCUCAGUCGACUGCUGUAGAAAAAAACGUAAGAAUUUACUGAUACUGAGCGUAAUCGCUCGCCACUCCUCUGCUGUUCGUUUAGAAAUAAAAUUAAUAUCGUAUAACCUACUGCAACUAAAUCAAUGUAGGGGUAAAUAUAUUCAAAAGAACACGAAGUGAACCUGAAGGGAAACAUUUUAAGCUUUAGAUCGAAACCGAAAGAAACACGCUAGAACUGAGCGGAGAGGACUUAUUGAAGUGUUCUGUCGUUUGUUCUCUCUCCCCUUGAUUCUCCCGGUGAAGACCUCUAGGAUAAGUGUUUUAUUUCUGAUUUAUUAUUUAAAUAUAUGAACCUAAAAGUGGAACGUAAAAUGUUGGAAAAAGAGAAGAAAAAAUUAAACAGAGAUAUACUUACAUAAUUAGUUAAUACAAAAUGAACAAAAAUAAAAUU